ACCCACGUUUCCACCCGGGUGUUUAAAACCUACCCCCGGUGGCACACAUACCCCGCUGUAGUAGAUACUCUGAAAGAGCCAACCCCCAACUUUUGUUUUGUAGAAUGUGUUUGAGUGCCAUCUACACUGUUUUUCCCUCUUCUAACUCAUAUUUCUAAGAUGACUUUCCCUUAGUCUGGUAAAAUUGACGUUUCGGGAAGAUGCGACAUGUUUAUCCUAGAAAACUGACCUCGACUCCUAGCAUGGACAGAAUGUGGCUAGGAUGUGUUUGAAGGUUUGUUUAGAAAGAGAGCUAGAGCUUACUCCACGUAGAGGUAAGUUCGUUUUUUACCUCCAUGAAAUGGUGUUUUUGUCCUGUCACGGUUAGAACCUCUGACAGUAGCUUCUUUCAUGGUUUAUCUAGUCAAGUUCAGGUGUUUUGAUAGCUCUCUUAGGAAGGAGAGUGACCUCCCCACCUAUUCCAGUUGAGAGCUUGGCCCUCACCUAAGGCUCUUUCCAGAGAGGUAGAGAAGCAGAAGCCGACUGAUUUUCAAGCUAUUUGUUCAUUUGCUCUCUGCCGCUCUCUCCUACCAGUGGAGAAAUGAGAAUUAUUGGCCCAACCCCUGGCCCAUCUCCCCCCAGACCAGCCCCCAGGGGACUCUUCCGCCUCUUUUAGCCUGACCUGCCUGAUUUUACAGUUCCCAACAAGCCCUCCAGCCCUGUUUUACUUUGCCCCGGGCUGAAUUCCUCCCUGAUUAGCACUGCUUACAUCUUUUUACCUCUCUGUAACCCUCUCCCUCUGCCUUCCAAUCCAAAGUUCCCUCUACCUUUCUUGAGAGUUCUCCCCAGACUCCUCUCUGCUACAUACCCACACACCCUUUUCCAGAAGGGUUCAGUGUCUACUUCGGGCUCCAGCUAACCUUCGGGUCCCUCUCUAACUCCUCACGCCUCUGUACUAUUUGGUUCCUUUCCUUUGGCUUCUGAGCCCUUUUCUCAAGCAGUUUUCCUAGAUGCCAGGUUUCUCCAAGGUCCCCGCAAGACUUUUUAAAGGAUUCCUUAGAGGACUGAAGACCGUUUAACUUUUUUUAAGAUAGCAGUGGGCAGGGGAAGUUUGGGGGCAGAAGUUGGAUAGCCAAGGCCUGAGAAAUAAAGAUAAGAGGGUGUACCCCUCCCCCAAGGGACAAAAGAGAAGGUGGAUGGAGAAGGGGAAGUAGCCUCAGGCAGCAUUAGAAUGAUGCUACCAGUUCUGUCAACAUACUUAGGACAGACGCUUGCACCUGCGCCACACCCCCACUCCCCGCCCCCCACACCCACUCCCCGCCGCAGCUGGACCAGGAGAUUUCGAUCGCCACCUUUCUGACCCAUCCCCCAGUGCCCCCGGGCAGACACAGCCACGCCCGCAGUGCCCCAAGCUGCCUGCCUUGCUGUGACUCACUUCCUCUAUAUGGGCUGCUGAGGUGGCCUGAGGCAGAGGACACCACCAGGCCUUCAAGCUGGGAUUUACGUAUAAGCAGGCUUCGUGGACAGGAGAAGGCAUGGACCCCAGCUGAGGAAAGUCAGGCUGGCUCGUGCAACACAGAAGCCUGUUUGGGUAAAGGAGUAGAGCAUGGCUACUAUGUGAGCAGAGGGAUUCAGGUGCCAGGAGUUCUGGGGAGAAAAAGUUACAUAACAAGAGAAAAAUACCCGGGAGGAAUUUCUAUGUGUUCUGAAAUCAUGCAAUGCAAGAUUUUGCAGAAGAGCAAUAUGGGGUUGGAGUUGAACCCGAAUUCACGAGUCAACAGUUGAGGCUCUAUAUAUUACUGCCUGUCCCCUAUAUACUCUACUAAGACGGACCCCAAAUCAGCUAUGCCCUCAUCUAAGUAAUGAAGAAAGCACAGGAGAAGUUAGGAGACCUGGAUCUGGUUCCAACACCGUGGCCCUUGGGAAAUCACUUUGCCUCCUGAGUCAGUAAUAAGAGUAGACCAGUCAUCUCCAAGAACCCCUCCAACUCUGAAAUUCUAAAAUUUAGAGCACAGGGGUAAAAGGUGAUUAGUAAAUUUGAAAACAACCUCAAUCUGGCCCUGGAGUUGAACAAAACAAAACGCCAGGACAAAAGAAGUGAGUUUCCACCAAGUUUCAGUAGAGCAUCUCCCGUACUCCCUCCUCACGCUCCUGGACCACAAGGACCGCUCUUCUGCCGUGUGGUUGCCCUUCUGCGUACAUCCUUCAAACGCAGGAUUCAGCCUUGCUGAUCUGCCAGGAAUCCCUCACAGAAGUUCAGACUGGGGAAAUAAGAGCCCUCUCCCUCUCCCUUCAUUUCCCUCUAAACCUACUUGGAAUGUGUGUCCAGAAUGGACUCUGAAGGAUACGGAAGGCCAAAGGCAUGGGACUUGAGAAGACACUGUAUUGGGGUAACCCAGCCUAGGACGUUUCCUGCAAUUGUCUUGAGGUCCCAUUGGUCGGGGGGAGGUCCCUUGAGUAGGUGUCUCCUUGAGGCUCUUCUGCUGACCAUGCCUGCCUGCCAAGUCCACCUAGGAACCUGAUGUCCUCCAGAGACUGCACUUCCCAACAAGCUCACGAAGGGAGCCCCUGGGUUAUCUGUGGGUGGAGCCAGCGCCUCGGAGGCCUCAAGUGGCCACUAGAGGGCAUUCGGCUCUCGGUGGCUUCUAAUGCCCUCCCGUGGCCAGAUUGAAGAUUGGCAAAAUAGAACUUGCGGAAGAGAGCCAAGACUGGACUCCAUAGGGAGACAAGUUAACAAUAACAGUUCCUUAUAAAAUAACAUUGUAUCAAUAUUUAUUGUUACAUAUUAGUUAACAUUUUGACAUGUGUACCUACUAGUCUGUGCGAGCACUCUUCUAAAGGGGCGCCUGAGGGGCGCCUGGGUGGCUCAGUUGUUAAGCGUCUGCCUUCGGCUCGGGUCAUGGUCCCAAGAUCCUGGGAUCGAGCCCCGCAUCGGGCUCCCUGCACCAUGGGAAGCCUGCUUCUCCCUCUCCCACUCCGCCUGCUUGUGUUCCCUCUCUCUCUGUGUGUCUCUCUGUCAAAUAAAAUAAAUUAAAAAUAUAAAUAAAUAAAUAAAUAGAUAGAUAGAUAAAUAAAUAAAUAAAUAAAGGGGCACCUGGGUGGCUCAGUUGGUUAAGCAUCUGCUUUUGGCUCAGGUCAUGAUCUCAGGGUCCUGGACUUGAGCCCCACAUCGGGCUCCCUGCCCUUCCCCACUGAGCUUCUCCCUCUUCCUCUGCUCGCCGCUCCCCCUGCUUAUGCGCGCUCUCUCUGUCAAAUAAAAUCUUAAAAAAAAAUAAGGUGCUCUACAUGUAUUAAUUUAUUUCUCACAACAGCUUAUAAACACUAUUAUUAUCUCUGUUUUAAAGAUGAGGAAACUGAGCACAGAAAGGUUGAGGUAGGGGUGCAUGGGCGGCUCAGUUGGUUAAACAUCUGCCUUUGGCUCAGGUCAUGAUCCCAGGGUCCAUGAUCUGAGUCCCACAUUGGACUCCCCGCUCAGUGGGGAACCUGCUUCUCCCUCUGCCUGCCUCUCCCCCUGCUUGUUCUCUCUCUCUCUCUCUGACAAAUAAAUAAAUAAAAUCUUUAAAAAGGAGAAGAAAAGGGGCGCCUGGGUGGCUCAGAUGGUUAAGCGUCUGCCUUCGGCUAAGGUCAUGAUCUCAGGGUCCUGGGAUCGAGUCCCGCAUCGGGCUCUCUGUUCUUUGGGAGCCUACUUCUCCCUCUGCCUCUCUCUCUCUGUCUCUAAUGAAUAAAUAAAUAAAAAUCUUUUUUUAAAAAAUUGCCAUUAAUUUAAAAAAAAAAAAAGGAGAAGAAAGAAAGUUUGAGGUAAUUGCUAGUCACAUAGGAGACUGGAAUUCUGAGUCCAAGAAGUCUGGCUCCAGAAUUUUUGCUUUUAAUCACCAUGCUGAAACUGAGUCCCAUCUUCCAGGUUGCCAGGUAAAUUACAGGAUGCUCAGUUAAAUCACAAUUUCAGAUAAACAACAAAUGAUUGUUAUCCUAAGUAUAUCCCAUGAAAUAUUUGGUUCAGACUUAAUACCAACAAAUUAUUUAUCGUUUACCUGAAAUUCUAAUUUAACUGGGUGUCCUGUAUUUUUUUUCAUUAAAUCUGCCAGCCUUAUUUUACAAGGCAUUUUUCUCUGCCAAAUGCCAUCACAUAUAUUACCUAAUUCAGUCCUCCCAGGAAGACUAUUCUCAGGUGCCCAGGAUGCCCCCUCCACACACUUCAGUCUCUCCCAAUAGUCCCAUUUUUUUCUCAGGGAAAGAAACAGACACAGAGACCUGAAAUGACUAGCUGAGGUUACAGAACAGAACGAUUGGCAGAGCUGGGGCUUGAACCCACUUUCUCACGGCAAAAAUUGGUGGAUGUUUCCCAGUUUAACAGGAGACAAAGUGAGAAGCAGUGAUUGCCACCAAGGAAAUCUCCCUUCGUGCAUUCUUAGGCCUGGUCUGCUCUGUGGAAGAGGGGCAGGUCCCUCCCUCCUCAGGGACGUGAGAGAACCGGCGAGGGCCUUUCUUGGCGGGGAGAGGGGCAGAGGAGUGGAAACAGCUCUCCAGCUUCUGUGCCCAGCCCCCACCGGACUGGAGGAAAGCAGGAAGGAGACUGCUCCUAGGUCCCAGGCUGUGAGGCUCAAGCGACUACCUGCUAGGGGCCCCGGGGCUCCCAGGGCUGCUCACCUGCCGCUCUGUGCACUGGCAGCCCCAAGCCCAGCUGCAGCGGUUGCAUCACUACUGCUAAAACAGUCCUAGCAGCCAAAAGGCCCCAGAAGGAAUCGAAGACACAGGAACCCAGGGAGCCUCUCCCAUCUCCCUGUUGCCUUUUGGGAGCAUCCUGCUUCUGUCCACAGGGAACACUCUUUGCAUUUUUCUCCCUUGACUCUGCUGAUCUGUGCCCACCCUCAAAUACCUGCUCUUUCUUCCCCUGCCCUUCCCACCCAGGCUGACUGGCUCUGAUAAGGUAGUAGUAGUCAGGGAGUUUGGGGGUUAGGACCCCCUCUGGGGUGCAGGCUGGGGUGCCCUGCUGGUAUGUGCCCCAACAGGUUUUUCUCUAUCAGCCUCUAAAUCAGCCUGGAGCCUGUCUGACCUGUCCCCCCAGGGAGCUGGGGCCAGAGGCGGAGCCAGGUCAGAAGCUGGACUUAAAGCCUGGGCUUCUAUGGUUCCCCCCUGGCCUCACAGGGGAAACAACGCACCUAGCCUCUUGUGUCCAGCUGAGCUGCUGAGAGGCUGAGCAGAAUUUUCUCUCCGCGGGCUGAGGCCCGGCUCCUGGGAGGAAAGAUGCUCGCUAGGGAGGGGUUUGCCUGUGGGACCAGGUACGGCCGGGUCCUCUCCCACAUUUGGGAGGGGCCAGAGCCCAGGCGACGGCUGGGCUGGGCUGCUAGAGAGGUCAUCUGACUGGCUGCCCGGCCUGGGAGGCACACUGGCCGACCACGCAGAAGCCGGUGCUCACACAGGCAGUUGCCAGGCUGUGACUGCCACUCGCCCCCAGCACCUCCAGGCACCCAUGUACCCGAAGGAACACAUACAUCAGCCCCGAGAUCACACCUGCUGAGCUGAAGAUCACUGCCAGAGACUCCAAGGAGGAAAGGCAGGCAGCAGCCAGUCAUACCAUGUCUGUGGCCAGUGGGAAGACAAGAUCAUCCCUGACCCAGGAGAUCCUCAGCCACCUGGGCCUUGCCAGCAAGACUGCAGCUUGGGGAACCCUGGGCACCCUCAGGACCUUCUUGAGCUUCAGCGUGGACAAGGAUGUGCAAAGGCUGCUGAGGGCCAUUGCAGGACAAGGUGUGGACCGUGGCUCCAUCGUGGACGUACUGACCAACAGGAGCAGAGAGCAAAGGCAGCUCAUCUCUCGAGCCUUCCAGGAGCGCACCCAACAGGACCUGCUGAAGUCCCUGCAGGCAGCACUCUCUGGCAACCUCGAGAGGACUGUGAUGGCUUUGCUGCAGCCUGCAGCCCAGUUCGAUGCCCAGGAAUUGAGGACAGCCUUGAAGAACUCAGGUUCUGCUGAGGAUGUGGCCGUGGAAAUUCUUGCCACCCGAAGCCCAGCCCAGCUGCAGGAGUGCCUGACGGUCUACAAACAUAAUUUCCAGGUGGAGGCUGAGGAGGACAUCAAAUGUGAGACCAGCGGCAUCUUGCAGGAACUGCUCCUGGCCCUGGCCAUGGGGGCCCGUGAGAGCUACUCUGGAAUCAUUGACUAUAACCUGGUGGAACAGGAUGUCCAGGCAUUAAGACAGGCUGAAGGGCCCAGCACAGAGGGCACGUGGGUCCUAAUCUUCACCCAGCGAAAUCCUGAACACCUCGUCCGAGUGUUCGAUCUGUACCAGCGGUAUACUGGGCACGAGCUGGAGAAGACUGUCCACCACCUUUUCCACGGAGAUGCCCAGGCAGCUCUGCUCAGCCUAGCCUCGGUGAUCAGGAACACACCGCUCUACUUUGCUGAUAAACUUCAUCAAGCCCUCCAGGACAUCAAGCCCAAUUACCAAGUCCUGAUGCGCAUCCUUAUCUCUCGAAGUGAGACUGACCUUCUAAGCAUCCGAUCGGAGUUCAAAAAGAAAUCUGGCAAGUCCCUCUACUCUUCUCUCCAGGAGGCAGUGAAAGGGGACUGCCGGUCAGCUCUACUAGCCCUGUGCAGGGCCGAAGACAUCUGAGGCCUCCCUGGCCUCCUGCCCUCCCUACCACACCAUGACAUCCAAGGAUCUAAGAUCUCCAUGUUUGGCUGAGCCUGCCGGAAAUCAGCUGGACCUCCAAAUAGGAUAACCCCUCACUGAGCGCCACAUGUUCCAGCUUCUUGUUGAGGCUAGAAUCUGAAGUCUCUUUUGAAUCCCUUGAUUUCCUCAUCUCAAAGUGAUGCCUUACCUGGGUCCCCCAUCUCUGUCUUGGGUAUAGACAGAUCUUUGAUGGUUUCUGCCCUACUCAUCCUUCCCAUACCCUGGCCAAAACAUCUCACCGAUUCUUGAAUUCUUUUGGCAAACUUCACUGUUGUUUGUGUUCCCUGAUUGAAGUUUGGGUGGAGCAGGACAUGGGCUGGGAGGAGGCCUUGAAGUUGGAGGUGCCUUUGAUAUGCACUUGGAUAUUCAACAGGGAUCCUGUUUGAGGCUCUAGGGCUGCAACAAACACCCCCCUCGAAGCUCCCCGCCCCCCAAUUAUUCUCUCUUCCCCAGGAAAUUUCAGGCAAAGUAACUGAGAAACAGGAGCCGGAAUGAGGUCAGUAAUAGAGGCAGCAAAGGACCAUCUGAUCAAGCUGCCCUCCCCUGCCUGGGAAGUCAUAGGUUAGCAGGGAGCACAACGCCCAAAUCGCAUCUGUCCAAAGCAGGGACUUGGAAACCCACUUCCCAAACUGGAUUACCAUUUGCAUCCAAGACCUAUCAAAAACUAAUACAGACAGAAAAGAAAAUAAGCAGGCUUUGGUUCCCUCUGCUGGCCCUAUUAGAAAUGACAAGC